AUGAAUUGGCUUCACAGGGGCUAUGGAAACUCCCAAGGGACCACAGGACAACUGAAAAGUCGAGUGGAAGAUCUAAAAAAGCCUUGGCGGAAGGAAAUCAGUCCUUCCAUGUUGCAGCAUAGUGAGACUGCUAGACUGGCUGUGGAUGCCUUUCUGGAGCAAGGAGAAGCUGGCUACCUACAGGCCAUUGCUAAAGAAAAGGAGCUUUCCUUUCUUUCCACACUAGAUAUGGAUUACAUGAGCCAACACAGCCAAAGCAUCACCGAGUCACCAAUUAAGGGCCGAGAAUCAGGGUUCACCAGAGAGGAUAGUGCAGAUAGAGCUUCUCUUCUCUCUGGAGUCACAUCGGGGACAUACUUUCCACUUAUGUCUGAUGUUGAUCCCCCACAGCUGGAGCUGGGAUGGCCAGAGGCAGCCCCUGUCACAGCAUUUGACCAACAAGAAGUCACUUUGUAUUUUCAAAGAGACAAGUCAAAUAACGUAAAGGAAAUACUUCGAUCACUAAUAUGCAAAGCCAAGACAGUGAUUGCAAUUAUGAUGGAUCUCUUCACAGAUAUGGAAAUACUCAGUGAUCUAAUGGAAGCUUCAAGCAAACGACAUGUUCCUGUCUACCUGAUCCUUGAUGGAAAAAACCUGAGCUACUUUUCUGAAAUGUGCAAUAAAAUGAACCUCACAAUGGAUGACUUCCCAAACAUGCGCAUACGCUGUGUGAGCGGAGACACAUACUAUAGUAAAGCUGGCAAGAAGCUUACAGGACAAGCACUUGAGAAAUUUGUGCUGAUAGACUGUGAACAAGUCCUUGCAGGAACAUAUAGUUUUACAUGGCUGUGCAGCCAGGUCCACACAGGCCUGGUAAUACACUUCAGAGGAAAAAUUGUUGAACAUUUUGACAGAGAGUUUCGGUGCAUAUAUGCUGAAUCCAGAUCUGUGAAUCAACUCAGUAUCGCCACCGCUGAAAGGUCCACAUCCACUUCACACAAACGUUUGCAGAACUGUGAGCAAGUUUUAAAGGGAGUUCAACAAAAUGAAAGUGAAACCACAAGCCCCGCAAGUAGCCUCUCCAAUUUAAGCAUGGGGAGCAUAAAGAGAUCACCAUAUUUAAACCAGGCAACAUCCAAGGUACUCUGUAACAAGAAAGAACUAACUCCAAAUGAAACACAUAACAUUUCAGGCUUACUGGGUCUUAGUAACUUGAAAUACCAGCCCAGGGAGUUAUCAGAUUCUAGUUGCAGUACUUCAGCUAAAUUAAAGUAUCAAUUCAACGAUACAUCUAAUCUGCCACGACUUAAAACAACUUUUCUUUCAGUAUCUUCACCAAUACUAGGUGACAAUACAAGAAAUGGAUAUGAUUUGCAGUUUCGGCCUGACAACACUGAAACAAAGGGCAACAAGAAGUACCUUUAUACCACUCAACCCAUGGAAGGCAACAUACAGAACAAUGAAAAAACAGCAGCUCAUGGAUACAGCAAACUAGAUCUCAUUUACAAGCCAACUAAAUCACUAAAUAGUGGGUCAAAACCCCCAAUUCUUAGCUCCUCUGGUUUCUCUGAUGAUUCAACAAGAGAAAACAAGAGCAACAUAUACAGAGAUGAAAAAAGGAUGACCCUUGGUCAUAGUAAAUUGGAUUUGAUUACCAACUAUAACAAAACAAAAGCAAAGCAGGUUCACAGUCGAUUUGAAAUGUAAUCUUUAUUCUGGGUUUAGCAAAAAAAUUAUCUUAGUUAAAUGGGUGAUGAAUACAAGGCUAUUCAUUUGCACAAAUUAAUUCAAAAAUAUAAAAGCUCACCAUCCCUUAUUUUUAACUGGAGUACAUGUCAACCAUAGUUCCAAAAUGCUGAGAUGUCUUAAUAAAGAAUCUAGAAAAGUUACCAUAUGAGACAUAUGAGACCUAAAGGAACUCUGAUAUGGUAUGAUUCUAGAAUUAAUUUAUAAGAUAAAAUACUCUGAAAGCUGCCUAAAUGAUUCAUGUCUUCCUCCUGAACAUAUCUACUGGUUCUUGGAAGUAUUUGGGUGACAACUAGAUCACUAAUUAACAGUGGUUUGAAUG